UAUUCAGAGGGGAUUGUGCUGGCUUUCUAGUUCCUUCACAGGUGAAAUCAUUUAAUAACAAUGUGGGUCUGCUGCUUCACCAAGUGGCUGUCGGGCCACUUGGAGAGGUUUUGCUGUUCUUAGGAAAUGUUAGUGAUUGGUUGUGUGGUGUAUGCUGAGAAGGAAAAGAGGUUGAACUUGGUAUUUGCAGUGCUCUUCAUGCCUGACACUUCAAAUGCCCCAGAAUGGAAUCUGUGGAAGAAGAAAGCAUUGGAGGAUACUCCUCUGAGAGUAGUUGCACUGAAGGCAAGGAAGAGCCCCUGAGAAGUCCAACAGUCGAGCAGUCAGAAGAGGCAGAAGUGGAUGUGAGAGACAGAGAGACACAGAGACACAGAGAGCGAAAGAGGGCAAGAGACUUGACUUUAAGAGACUCCUGCACUGACAACUCCAUGCAGUUCGGAACAAGAACGGCAACGACCGAAUCUGGUUUCAUGGGGACAUGGCAGAACGCUGACACUAACCUCUUAUUCAGAAUGUCCCAACAGGCCAUCCGCUGUACACUGGUAAAUUGCACAUGUGAAUGUUUCCAGCCAGGGAAGAUUAACCUGAGAACCUGUGACCAUUGUAAACAUGGCUGGGUGGCACAUGCUUUGGACAAGCUUAGCACUCAGCAUCUGUACCACCCUACCCAAGUGGAGAUUGUGCAGUCCAACGUAGUGUUUGACAUCAGCAGCCUGAUGCUCUAUGGUACCCAGGCUGUGCCUGUGAGACUGAAGAUAUUGCUGGACCGACUCUUCAGUGUAUUGAAGCAGGAAGAGGUGCUGCACAUCCUGCAUGGCUUAGGCUGGACGCUUCGGGACUACGUGCGGGGCUACAUCCUUCAGGAUGCUGCAGGCAAGGUGCUGGACCGCUGGGCCAUCAUGUCCAGGGAAGAAGAGAUUAUUACCCUUCAGCAGUUUCUAAGAUUUGGAGAAACCAAAUCCAUCGUGGAGCUGAUGGCAAUUCAAGAAAAAGAAGGGCAGGCUGUGGCUGUGCCAUCUUCAAAGACAGAUUCAGAUAUAAGGACUUUUAUUGAAAGCAAUAAUCGCACUAGGAGCCCAAGUCUCCUUGCUCACCUGGAGAACAGCAACCCUUCCAGCAUUCAUCACUUUGAAAACAUCCCUAACAGCCUUGCGUUUCUGCUUCCAUUCCAGUACAUAAAUCCCGUCUCUGCUCCAUUGCUGGGGCUGCCUCCAAAUGGCCUCCUGCUGGAACAGCCUGCUCUGAGGCUGCGUGAGCCAAGCCUUUCUACCCAAAAUGAAUAUAAUGAAAGCAGUGAAUCUGAAGUUUCUCCCACUCCUUUCAAGAAUGAGCAGACAUCCAGCAGGAAUGCUUUGACCAGCAUCACAAAUGUAGAACCCAAAACUGAGCCAGCCUGUGUGUCUCCUGUUCAAACAUCAACACCCAUUAAUGAUUUGUCCAAAACUGAGCACACGAAAAGCUCAUUCAGGAUUCACAGAAUGAGAAGAAUGGGAUCGGCAUCAAGAAAAGGGAGAGUGUUCUGCAAUGCGUGCGGUAAAACUUUCUAUGACAAAGGUACUCUCAAAAUCCACUACAAUGCAGUUCAUCUUAAAAUCAAACACCGGUGCACGAUUGAAGGCUGCAACAUGGUCUUCAGCUCCCUUAGAAGUCGCAAUCGUCACAGUGCUAACCCUAACCCCCGCCUUCACAUGCCUAUGCUAAGGAACAACCGAGACAAAGAUCUAAUCCGUGCUACAUCAGGAGCUGCCACCCCCGUCAUAGCAAGUACAAAAUCCGGUCUUACCUUAACGAGUCCUGGUCGGCCUCCAAUGGGUUUUACUACUCCCCCAUUAGACCCUGUACUACAGAACCCUCUUUCUAGCCAGCUGGUGUUUCCAGCUUUAAAGACUGUCCAGCCUGUUCCUCCUUUUUACAGAAGUUUACUUACUCCUGGAGAGAUGGUGAGCCCUCCAACCUCAUUACCCACCAGUCCCAUCAUACCAACAGGUGGUUCAGUGGAGCAGCAUCCUCCCCUUCCUUCAGAGUCAUCGGUACCUGUGAUGGUGAUGCCUACCCAUGAGCCUAAUGCUGACCUUGCCCCUAAAAAGAAACCAAGGAAGUCAAGCAUGCCAGUUAAAAUAGAAAAGGAAGUUAUUGAUACUGCUGACGAGUUUGACGAUGAAGAUGAUGAAGCUAAUGACAACAGCACAAUGGCUAACGAUAUUGGUCAUGACAAUCACUGCCAUUCGCAGGAGGAAAUGAGCCCAGGAUUGUCUGUGAAAGACUUUUCUAAAAACGGUAGAAGCAGAUGCAUUUCCAGGACAGAGAUAAGAAGGGCAGACAGCAUGACCUCAGAAGACCAAGAGCAUGAGAGAGACUAUGAAAACGAGUCAGAAUCCUCAGAGCCAAAAUUGUGUGAGGAAUCCAUGGAAGGUGAUGAACACAUGCAUGAAUCCAAUGAAAAGUCUAUGAUGAACAGUGAGAUGCCAGAUGAAAAUCACAAUGAAUCUUCUCACCGGGAUGUAAUUAAGGUGAAGGAAGAGUUUACAGACCCUACCUAUGAUAUGUUUUACAUGAGCCAAUAUGGACUGUAUAAUGGGGGCAGUGCCAGUAUGGCUGCCCUUCAUGAAAGUUUCACUUCAACAUUCAACUACAACAGUCCUCAGAAGUUCUCUCCAGAAGGUGACCUAUGUUCCAGCCCAGAUCCCAAGAUCUGCUAUGUCUGCAAGAAGAGUUUCAAAAGUUCCUAUAGUGUGAAGCUUCACUACAGGAACGUUCAUUUAAAAGAGAUGCAUGUCUGCACAGUGGCUGGCUGUAACGCUGCCUUCCCAUCACGGAGAAGCAGAGACAGGCACAGUGCUAACAUAAACCUGCACCGUAAACUGUUGACCAAAGAACUGGAUGACAUGGGACUGGACACCUCUCAACCUUCUCUUAGUAAGGACCUCCGUGAUGAAUUUUUGGUGAAGAUCUAUGGCACCCAGCAUCAAAUGGGGCUUGACAUAAGGGAAGACACCUCCUCACCAGCUGGUACUGAGGAUUCCCACAUGAAUGGGUAUGGAAGGGGCAUGUCUGAAGACUACAUGGUCCUAGACCUGAGCACCACCUCCAGCAUCCAGUCCAGCAGCAGUAUCCAUUCCUCAAGAGAAUCUGAUGCAGGCAGCGAUGAGGGGAUUCUCCUGGAUGACGUUGAUGGGGCAAGUGACAGUGGGGAAUCUGCACACAAAAUGGACACCCCUGCCAUAGGUGUAGGUAUGGGUUCCGACCUUCCAGGAUCCCUCAUGUUCAACAAUGUUUCAAUGAGCAACGGUGGGAUAAUGUGUAACAUUUGCCACAAAAUGUACAGCAACAAGGGGACCCUCAGGGUGCACUAUAAAACGGUGCACUUGCGAGAAAUGCACAAGUGCAAAGUCCCUGGGUGCAACAUGAUGUUUUCCUCUGUCCGCAGCCGAAAUCGGCACAGUCAGAACCCUAACCUGCAUAAAAACAUUCCCUUCACUUCAGUAGAUUAGUUUAAGGAUGGACACGCAAAUGCCAGCUCUCACGGAGGGCCUACCAUGUUUGAACUGCCAUAUACAGUGUGUAUGUGUAUAUAUAUAUAUAUAUAUAUAUGUAUGCAUGUAUGUAUGUAUAUAUAUAUGUGUAUAUAUAUAUGUAUGUAUAUAUAUACACACACACACACAUGCAUAUAUAUAUAUAUAUAUAAAUGUAUAUAUAUAUAUAUAUAUAUAUAAUCUUUUUCUUUUUUAACAAAAGGAAAACACCAGGUGCUUUUGUUUAUUUGUUUUCAUUUUCCUUCGUUGGGUUUGGGGUGGGGGUGGGGGCAGGGGAAGGUUAAGAAGGGAUGGAAUCUUUAACUGGGGGUGAAAUACCCUCAAUAAAAACCACAGAAACUUGCAAUUAGCCCCAGUUUUGUUAGGAAAUUCUUGGUCAUCUCCAAAGAGACAAAUUGUUCUACCCAUGAUUAUUGUCUGCAAAAAAACAAAAAACAAAGAAGCAAAAAGAGGGUGUGGGGAAGAACUUCUUGGUUAUCAUUGUGUACUUUAAGCCGUUGGGAGAAACUUCUACUAAGCAUGGCUGUUACACUUGUAUAUAUACUGAGCCUUGAGAGGCCUAUGAUGUAAAACAAUUGUAUUGAUGGUGGUUUAACUCUCUCUCUUUUUUAAUUUUUACAGUUACAUCCAGCUGUUAGAUAUGCAGAAAAAAAUAGUUUACUGGCUAGCUCUAUUCAAUUUAUGUUAGCUUUAAUGCACAUUUUUAAAAGAAACACGGUCUUGUUUUAACUACCUGCUAUAUAUAAGUAAUACAGAGGGGCUGGCAUGCUUUACAGUACCUGAUCUGAUACAGCUUUUUUGUCUUGUACUAUUACAUAAAUCCAGUCAUGCACUUUUUUCAUACACUACAAGGGGAUGUGUAAUAAUAUCCAUGCUUUUUUUUCCCUUAAACUAUUGCCAUAUUUUCAGUAAGUGUCUUUAAAAAAAACACACUUAGAUAAAAGUGGUCUGGUCAGUAUGGGGCAUGAAUGCCAAACAAAAAGUAUUAGUAUUUAGUGUUAAUACAAAAGUGCCAACUUUGCACAAGUUUUCAGAAAAGAAAAUAUAACUAGUUACUCACUAUAAACCAGAGGCUGAGUUUUUGGCUAACAGAAAAAUGCUAGGGGAAGAAAAACAUAAAGAACACUUGGUGCUUUUUUCAAGUGUCAAAUAUUAUUAGAAUCAACAGUGCAUCUUUAUUUCUUAUAUGUUACAUUACAUAAAAGGAAAACAGAAUUAUGUGGUGUGAAUCAGUGGAGGCAUUUCCUCUGUUGAGCAAGGAUAAUAUUGCAGGAUAUAGAUGCCGAAAUUAGUUACUGCAGAACAAAGCUAGAUACAGUGAAUCCAUUCUGGUGCUCCUUAGUCCUGGGCUUUUGUGUUCUUUAAAAAAAAAAAAAAAAAGAAAAAGAAAAAGAAA